UGUUUUACGUUUUGGCGCAAUAUUAUUUGCCACACCGGUGCACGGAAACCACCAUAGCAGUUUAGCACUAACGCAUAGUUCGGCGCCACGCUGUGUGGCAACGCUGCCGUUCACUUUAAACUGAAUUCCACGAAAAUAAAUCAGUUUUCUUUGUUUUUUUUAUUCGUGUCUUUGCUGUUACCAAGUUAGUCCACAGUUAAGCUGUAAGUUCCUUGCCCUUGGUGGGGUAACGGUUGCCUGCUGCCCUCGUUUGAGUAGAAGAAAGGAAACAUGGCGUGGGUUCCCAGCUCACGGUUCGAGGACGACCUGGUCGAUAUGGAGCCGAAUUUCAAUUUCGUUUACGGCCAGUUGGCCUAUGAGGUGCAGAAGAAACGGGAGAAUACUCCCCGGCCGAAGAGCACCUACGAGUACCUAUCGGCCAGGAGGGAGAGGAAUGAAGAGUUGGAUAAGCAGCAUGGUCACUCGUCGGGGAAAGGCCGGGAAAUUCGAUCCUGCCUGCAGAUGAUGGAGAAGAUACAAACCAUAGCGGGCACCAAGCCUCUGGGGGAGCACGCCACAAUGGCUGAUUGGGAGGAUACCAGCACCGUGGAACAGGAGGCGGUGGCAAUGAUGCGGCACUUUGGUCUCAUGUCCAUGGACGUGGAAGCACGAUCGACCAAACCAAAGCUACUGCCGAACGAAAAAGAAGAAGAAUCUCAACCUGAAAAGGUAAAGAUCACUAGAAAUGGCCGUCGAACAUUCCCAUUGAUCACGGAUCCCGAUUACUUCAGACCCCGCAAGACCCGAAAACCCAAAGAUGCUGACUCCAGCGAUACUACUAGUGAUACCUCCUAUCACACCGCACCAAGCGAGAGUAGCUUCAUAAGUUUAUAUGGUUCAGCGCAGUCUACACUAAGCAACAGCUAUGAAUCGAAAGAUAGAACUCGAGACUGCAAGGAGUACCUGGAGAUUCCUUACGAACCUUUAGAGGAGAGUUUCACGGAUGAGGCUCCCAAGGAGCAGUCUGAAAAAGUACUAGAUUCUGGUACAAUCGCUCCGAAGAAGAAAAAGAAACAGAGGCCCAGCCAGAAGAAGAGGCUUCAAAGUGCCAGCCAAGGAAAGCAAUAUCAGCUUUAAAUAGAAAUUCAAGAUAGCAACAUAAACAAAUAAAUAAUAGUUCCCUUGUUAAUAUUGUUAUUUGGUUUAUUUAACAA